UGUAUAUUUUCUUUAUAAUGUGUUCUUUUUAUGUCCACAUGCGCAGGUGCGCUGUAUCAUUAUUUAAAUAUCAUUACGAUAUGGAAUAUACAAUCUAAAAUUCAUUAACAAGAUAAUAAAUCUUUCAAACUGAUUAGUGUGAAGCAAGAGGUAGCUGAAGGCACACACGUGAAGAUUCGGCUGAGAAUGUUAUCAAAGAGUUGAUGAUUAAGCAGAUGUUUGUACAUGCAGAUAAUCAAAGGUUCAAGGUUUAGGAAAAUGCUGAGCGUAUAUAUAUGUGGGAAGAAAGUGCAGUUGCAGCCAGGAGUGUGUAGCAGAAAUCUUGGCUGACAGUUUGACUCUGUCAUGAUGGGAAGGUUCACAGUGAUUUUAUUAAUCCUUCUGCUUUCAUGUAUCUGCAGGACAUUAGGACAAACAUGUGAAAGAAACUGUGGGAAAAAAUUGGACUUGUGUUCAUGCCACACAACAUGCACAUCUCUGAGGAACUGUUGUGCAGACUAUAAAGAGUUCUGUGUGGAUAUCUUUCCAUAUUCUGGGUCUUAUUUUGGUGGCGCAGAUUUUAUCAUACUUGAUGCAAGUUUCAGUAUGACUUCACAGAUUGUAUGCAGAUUCAACGACAACACUAAUACAGUGGGAUAUGUGGAUGUCAACGGUGCAGGCCACUGUAUCUCCCCUCUCUUAUAUGAAACAGGAUGGAUUCCUUUGCAGAUCUCCUCUGAUAACGGCACUACAUUCACUAGAACUGGAGCCUGGCUUUCCGUUCAUACUGGUAAGCUGGAUUCCAAGUUCAAGGCGAUUCUGGACAACUCAACAAAAUGGCAGUACUAUGGCACACCCAAUGUUGGAGGCACUCUUAAAAUGACAUGGAAUACCUCUUUAGUAAGAGCAGAAAGGGUCAAUAUAGAGCUUUGGGGAUACAGAGAGACAGGAGAGCCCUAUUCAGAAUACUGGCAGGGAGAGUGGCAGUAUUUAUACUCACUUGCAAAGGAUCAGCCCAACAAUGGCUCCUUUAGCUUUUUGCCCAAACCAGCAGAGAACGGUUUUUCAAGUUGGGAGCUUGGUUCUGUGCGUGUCAGCCCCAGCAACCACCCUGACGGCAUGUGGAAUGUGGAAGCUGUGUGGACUGAGGAUCACGCUCUGGCAUGGCAUCUGGAGGAGAGUUUCAGGAAGAACUCAGCAGGCUGGGCCCUGGAGAAAUGUUUAGCAUGGGACAAGCUGGAAAAUCAGCUGCCCAACUUCCUCAGUGAGAUCAUAGACUGCCCGUGCACGCUGGCUCAAGCAAGAGCAGACACAGGCAGGUUUCAUACUGACUACGGGUGUGAUAUAGAGAAAGGGAGUGUGUGCACCUACCAUCCUGGGAGUGUUCACUGUGUGAGGGCUAUACAAGCCAGUCCCAAGUAUGGAGCAGGACAGCAGUGUUGUUACGACAGCACCGGCGCUCAGGUCUUGACAGCAGACUCGAUUGGGGGUAGUACUCCAGACCGAGCGCACGACUGGGGUUCACCUCCCUACAAGAAACCUCCUCGAGUCCCCGGGCUGUCUCACUGGGUCUAUGACGUCCUGAGCUUCUACUACUGCUGCCUCUGGUCUGACAACUGCAACUACUACUUCAAACAUCGGCCCUCCAGUGACUGCAGGCACUACAAGUCACCUGAAUCAGCUGUGGUCUUUGGAGACCCCCACUUCAUAACAUUCGAUGGUGUUAGCUACUCCUUCAACGGCAAAGGGGAAUACACAUUGGUGACCUCAGUGGAAAAACAGCUGACAGUCCAAGGCAGAACAGAGCCUGUGAAUGGAACAAUUAAGGCAACCAAGUUGUCAUCUGUUGCUAUGAGAGAAGCAUCCUCUGACAUUAUUGAGGUACGGUUGAUCAGCGGUCACAAUGGCCUCGAAGUGCUGCAUAAUCAAAAAUCCCUCUCCUUUACUGAGCAGACCUGGAUGGACUUGCAAGGUGCAUUUGUGUUUUCUCCUACCUCUACAAAUGUGACUGUGAUGUUUCCCUCUGGAGCCGGGGCGGAGGUCCGACUGAGAGAAGGAACCAUGACAACCACUGUGCUUCUGCCAGAGGAAUUUAAAAACUCCACUCUUGGACUUUUGGGAAAGAUGAACGGCAAUGUCGAAGAUGACCUUGUUCUCAGCAACGGGCAGCUUGUGCAGAACUCUAGCAAUCCAGAGGAACUGUUUGACUUCGGAGCCAGCUGGGCAGUAGCCAAUGAGUCUGCCUUGUUCACAUAUGAUUCAGAUUACCUGUUGGACACAUAUUACCAUGCCCCCAGACAUGACCCCAGUUUUAUUCCAGUGUUUUUUGCUCCUGAGAGUCCAGAUGAUCCACUGACCAAUCAAGUAGCAAAGAUAUGUUCUGGAGAAGGCUCUCCAUUCUGUAGGUAUGAUAUCCUGGUAGGCCGCAGUCCAGGAAUGGGAAAUGCUACCAGAGUGUCUUUCCAGAGUCACGUUUCUCUUGUAGAGGAUCUAAAGCCAGUUGUAUCCUGUGGGUGGCUUCCACCACCUAAUAAUGGGACAAAGGAAGGAACCACCUAUUUACAAGGAGCAGUGGUUCGGUUUUCCUGCAAUGACAGAUACACUCUCAAAGGACCAGCACAGCGAACAUGCCAGGCCAAUGGCCAGUGGUCUGGAGAGGAGACAACCUGCGUGGCUUCUAGUAAUGUCACAGGAAUUGUGGUCGGUUCAGUCAUUGGAGCUGUGACUCUGGCUGUGAUCAUAACAGCAAUCGUGCUCUACUCCAGAAAAGGGAAAAGAAAAGAUGAACAUUCAACAGGAAUGGAGACAAAUGAAACCUUUUAACCAGACCCUGCUGUAAUAUUUUACAUAAUCAUCCAUCUACUGAAUGCUCAGACAGUUUUAACAGUGUGGGUUUAAGUGCUCAAACACUUAAAACCACACUGUUAUAAUCCAGGUCUUAAUUUGUAUUUUCAUUCCUCCUCAUGGAAUUAGCAAAUGUUAAUAUUACAGACAGAAAACUUGCUGAAAAUGCACAAAAUUAACUUAAUGAAGCUUGACAAAAAUUCACAGAGGACCCCUCCAACCAGUGUUCAUCACCAUUAUGUUAUAAAUAAUCUGACACCACCACCAAUGACAGAGCUAUAAAAUGAAGGGAAUGGCAGAGACCAUGUUUAUUUUGGCACUUCUGAUUCUGAAUCCUGGCUGUGUGCCCUCCAUUCAUCAUGGUCGGUGGAGCUGGACACACCACGCUGCUCUCAUAGCCAAGUUAACUAAUAUUAAACAUUAAACAAAGCAAGUAAUGUGAUGUUAAUGGAAGUUACAUCAAUGAAGUGUCUCUCUCCACAUUUAAGGCUAGAUUAGCAACAAGUGGUCAUUUACAGUAGCAUUAUAUUUAACUGCUCCACUCAUGCUUUUUUCUCAUCUACCUCUUGUUUUCACUCCCAGAAAGAUAACUCCUCUUCAUUGUGACUGAGUUGCCCCCCACAAACAACAAGUUGCCUGCCUUGUUUCCCCUGCCCCCUGCUGCCCCUCUGAGCACAGAUCUUUGCACUUUUAAUAACGACAUAUGACUUAUUUAAGCUCCCUUUAGGUUGAAAGUUUUAAUUGUGAUGCGUUUCUUUUAGGUUUGUGAGUUCAUGUUGUCUUCAGGAAGUCAUAUGGAUGCUAUGUGUAAAAAUUGUGGUUGCCCUCAUCCAGUAAAAUGCAGCACCCUCAGUUUAAUAGAUAAACUGAAAGAACACUCCAAACACUCAUUAAGAAUAUACAUUUUUGGACUCCUGAAGAUACUGAAUAUUUAGAGAAAAAAAAACAAGUUUCUUCACUUCAUUGCUUGUGUACUUCUAAAAUGUUAUUAAAUGUUGUUACAUAGCUGGUUAUUGUGUAAAUUCUUCUGAAGCAAACUGAGAAGGUGAAUCUUGUGCUUGCAUCAAGUUACCCACAGUUUUUCAUUGUUGCUGUACGUUUCUGACCAGCCUUUUGUCUCUGUACAGUGCUGCACAUUUGAAUACACACCGGCAUGGUGAAAAAGAUAUAUAAUGAGGUAACAGAAACUAAAUACAGCUUGACGCUCAGGUUUAGGCCUAUCUGUUAUGGUGAUUAGUCCAGUUUAUUUUAUUCAUACCGAUAUAGAAAUAAUAGUUUUCUGUAUUUCUUCUCAGAUGAUCCACAAACAUUGUCUGCCAUCAAUGUCUUUGACAUUGAA